GCGCUUCGUAGAGAAGAAGGGAAAUUCCCUUACCAGAGAGAGAACGUGUGCCACGAUCGUGAUCAACUGUUGUUGAUGUUGCAAGGCUUUGCAGCCAGCACACAGCACUAACAACACCUAGACUAAGGACAACACUAAACACCGUAGCCCGUGGACAUUGCGACUUCAAGUUCGGCCAACCAUUUAAUCACACACCCAAAUGUCUCUAUAUAGAGUUCUAGACACUCCUAGCCAGUCUCAUUAACAUUGACAUGGAUUCUGUUCAGGAUGACUGUUUGUCUAGAUUAGAACAAGAACCAUCAAUUGAGGAUUGUUUCAGACAAUUAGCUGAGGAAGCUCGGGAAUUAUAUCUGUCGCCCGACGUGCCACGUUUGACUAAGCCGCCGACACCCUUAGAGUUCUACCGUGAUUAUGUAACCCCAAACCGACCUGUCAUCAUAGAGAAUGCAUUCAAUGACUUUCCUGCUCUUACAAAAUGGUCAAUACCAUACUUCAGAGAGCACUUCAACGAUAAGAUCCUCACUGUGGCCGUCACGCCAAACGGCUAUGCUGAUUCUGUCUGCGGAGAUUACUUUGUUUUGCCUGAGGAAAGGGAGAUGCCAUUUUCAUCUUUUUUAGACAUUAUGGAGGGAAAAUCGGAGCAAAAAGGUGUCUAUUAUGUCCAGAAGCAGAACUCAAAUUUGACCUGUGACUUGAAAGAGUUAGUAGAAGACAUCAAAGAGGAUAUACCUUGGGCAUCAGAAGCAUUUGGGCAGAAGCCAGAUGCUGUCAACUUCUGGAUGGGUGGUCAUGAAGCAGUCACUUCUAUGCAUAAGGACCAUUAUGAAAACCUGUACUGUGUUAUACAGGGCGCAAAGAACUUCAUCUUACAUCCACCUACCGACAGACCAUUUAUACCAUAUGGAAACUAUGCCCAAGCAGCUUACAAGGAAAUCAAAGGUGAAUUCCAGAUAGUCCCUGACCCAGGAGGUCACACUGUUCCAUGGAUCGCCGUUGACCCAUUGAACCCUGACCUCGAUCGACAUCCAGAGUACGGUGAGGUCAAUCAGAUCAGGUGCACGGUGCGUCCGGGUGAGAUGCUGUAUCUUCCAUCGUUGUGGUUCCACCAUGUUAGCCAGGAAGAUCAAACUAUAGCAGUUAACUACUGGUAUGACAUGGAAUAUGAUAUCAAGUAUAAUUACUUCACGGCUCUAGAGAAAAUGGUCAAGGUCGUCAGAUCAGAAGGGAAGAGAUGACAGGAAACCAAUCAUCUUUAUUAAUUUCAGUUCAUUAAUAGGUGGUAUGAAGUACGCCAAAAAGACCGCAUUUACUUGCUGGGUACAAACAUACUUGCAGGGAAAAAUUGGGGGUUUCGGGGCAAUUUCACCCCUGAAAUGCUCAGAUGAUCCCUGGUGGGUGUUUCAUAAAGCUGUUUGUA